UAGCACAGUAUUUUAUCCUGUAUCAGUGGCUUCCCUUCACUAGCAUGCAGCUCUUUUCUACCCUUUCACUUUCGUACGCCCUGGCAGUGACAUCAGCAGCAGCAGCAGGCUUAUCUGGAAUGCAUGCGCCGGUCAUUCUCUGGCAUGGCAUGGGAGAUACCUGCUGCAAUAAUGAUACGAUGGGCUGGGUCGCACAAAUAGUCUCAGACGAGCUUCCUGGUGCCUUUGUGCACUCAGUGCGGAUCGGCAACAGCGAGAAUGCUGAUCAGAAUGCUGGAUUCUUCGGCAACCUGAACACCCAGCUUGAGCAGGUGUGCAACGACUUGGCUGGCAUCCCAGAGCUACACCAGGACGUCAAUAUGAUAGGAUUCUCGCAAGGUGGGCUGUUUCUGCGUGCCUUGGUCCAGCGCUGUACUUGGCUGCAGCCCAAGGUUCUUCUAACGUUUGGAUCUCCGCAUAUGGGUGUGGCUAAAGUUCCUGAGUGCACCGAUCCAAGCUCAGCCAUGUGCCGGUGGAUGCGCCAGCUGGCCAGCAAGGGUGUGUACUCGUGGUAUAUCCGUGACCAUGUGGUUCAGGCACAGUACUUUAAAGAUCCUGCUCGCCUCAGCCAGUACUUGCAGUACAGCAUAUUUUUGCCCGACAUCAACAACGAGCUCGACAAGAAGAAUGAGCAAUAUAAGAAGCGCCUGAGUAGCCUCGAAGGACUCGUGCUCGUGCAGUUCAGCGAAGAGCAGAUGAUCUCUCCGCCUGGGUCAGCAUGGUUUGGGUUCACUGACGAAGAUGGAAACGAUAUACCUGUGCAGAAUACGACCAUGUACAAGGAAGACUGGCUUGGACUACGCAAGCUUCAUCAGGCAAACAAAGUCGAGUUUGAGAUGAUCGAUGGCCCGCAUAUGAGCAUCGCAGAAGAUGUUUUGCGCAGGCUGGUCUCCAAGCACUUUGCUGCCAACAAGGAUUCUCACCUAUUCCGCAUCCAAUAAAUUCUAAAACAGAUUA